CCAAUUUACCUCAAUAAAAAAAGCUAACGUAAUUCAAUCCCAUAUAUAACACACUCCCGCCAUCACAGUCACUCAGAAUAAUAUCUUGUGUUUUUUAAUUAUUGUGACGAAAUGAAGAUACUUCCGGUGAUCGAUAUGACUGCAUAUCUGGCCGUGAUGGACAAACUGGACGGCGAGCCGUCAAAGCUAAAAGAGCAGCUGGGACCUGAGCUGACUGAGUCGUGUAAGCAGUUGGCUCGGGUUCUGAGUGAAGCGGGGGCGGUGGUGGUGAAGGACCCAAGGUGUUCGGCGGAGGAGAACGAGCACUUCAUCGAGAUGAUGGAGCGAUACUAUGAGACUCCUGUGGAAUACAAGCGCCCCCAAGAGCGACCAAGCUUGCGUUAUCAGGUUGGAAUAACACCAGAGAAAGUGGAAGUUCCAAGGGCCAUGGUUGAUGAAAAACUGCAAGAGAAAAUAAGAGCUAUGUGUAAUUCGAAAGAGUCCCAACCAGCCACUCUUACAGGACCAGAUCUCAAGUGGCGUUACAUGUGGAGCGUUGGUCCUCGUCCUUCAAAAACCCAAUUUAAGGAACUCAAUGCAGACCCGGUCAUACCUGAAGGUUUUCCUGGAUGGGUUGAAACCAUGAAUUCAUGGGGAUAUAAAAUGAUGGCUGCCACAGAAGUUGUAGCUGAAAUGUUAGCAAUUGGGUAUGGCUUGCCAAAGGAUGCAUUCACUUCUCUUAUGAAACAGGCGCCGCAUCUUCUUGGUCCAACAGGGAGUGACCUCCAAAGUUAUGGCCAGGAAGGUGCUGUGCUUGCAGGAUAUCACUUUGACACUCAUUUUCUCACCAUUCAUGGAAAAAGUAGAUUCCCUGGUCUAAACCUUUGGCUCAAAAAUGGGCAAAAAAUUGAGGGGGUAAUUCCUGAAGGAUGUCUUCUUGUUCAAGCAGGAAAGCAGAUUGAAUAUUUGACUGCUGGAGACUGCAUGGCCGGCCUGCAUGAAGUAAUUGUCACUGACAAGACUAUUGAAGCGAUCAAACAAGCAAAGGAACAAAAUCGCAGCCUAUGGAGAGUCUCCUCAACUUUCUUUGCCCACAUAGCAUCAGAUGCUGUGUUGAAGCCCUUGGGCCACUUUGCAGAAUCACCACUUGCCAGCAACUAUCCACCACUUUAUGCAGGAGAGCUUAUGGAACAGGAGUUUACCUUUCUUAAUCUGAAAGGGAACGAAGCAUGAUAGCUUCUAUCAAUCUGCAUUAUAUAUGUUACAAUAAAGAAGGCUGACGAGCUGCUCAUUUUCUUCUUUUUUUGUGUGGGGGUUGUGGAGUGUUCUUGAUGGUUGUGGAUAUAUGUUUAAAUUUACUGUACCUAAUGGACUUGGUUAUUGCCAUUGGAUCUUUGUAAUAUUUGCUGAAAAUAAAUUAUGGGGUACAGAAUAAUUUACCCAUUUAUGGUUUGAUCA